AUGAUCCCAGCACUGCUGUUGCUGGGCCUUUCGGCCCUUGUUGCUCCAUCCAUGAGUUACAGUUGCUAUGGUGAUGUAAGUGCUCUUCAAGCCCCCACGAUCUCCUGUACAGCCGUAAGAGCCCCGGACUGUGGACUUGCCAUGGUACGGAGGACUGCUGAGGCAGACAUCGUACGCCUGAGGAAAUAUGAGACCCCAAUUAAGAGAGUGGCCAGAAAACUGUGCUUGGACCCGGCGCUCAUCGCUGGCAUCAUCUCACAGGAGAGCCGCGCCGGCCUGCUCCUGGACAACGGCUGGGACCAGGAUCGGCAGAAGUAUGGUUUGAUGCAGCUUAACAGGCAGCAACAGCCUUUCGGAACGUGGGAUAGUGAAGAACACAUAAAUCAGUGCUCAACUAUCCUGGUUCUUGCAAUUAAUGAAGUACGGGCAAGACAUCCUACCUGGGCCUGGGACCAGCAGCUGAGAGGGGGAAUCUGCACCUACCGUGCAAAAAUGGGCAACAUCCAGGACUACGAGGAAGACCCGUGUGAGAGAGACAACAACUAUGCCAACAGCGUGAUUAGGCGAGCCCAGUACUUUAAGAGACAUGGGUUCUAG